AUACGCGGGGACCACGCGUCGUAGACACUCGUAUAUCUGGACGCGCCUGCCGUGAGCGGCUCACCAGUACCGGUACCGGCUCCGGCAGGACAUCAGCAAUGGAAGCAUCCAGGGCUACGCUGCUUCUUGUGGCAACGCUGCUGCUCGGCUACAUUUCCCACGCCAACGCGGCCAGAUGCUCGAUGCACGGUUUCUGCGACACUAAGAAGAAGCUGCCGUGCGUCUACAACAGCGUGCCCAAGCCGGUGACUGACCAGUCGGCGCGAGCCAUCAUGAAGGAGACGUGCGGCGACUACUUCCAGAUCCACGGCGACUCCCUCUGUUGCGACGCAGCUCAAAUCAAGCAGCUCGCAAAUCAGGUUAAGGCUCUUGAAGGCCUCGGCCUGCGACGCUGCGAGGCCUGCUACGCGAACUUCCAGAAGCUCCUGUGCAACAUGGCCUGCUCGCCGCACCAGGGAGACUUCCUGCAAGUCGUGCACUACGACGAGGGGCCACAUGAGGUGGCUGAGAUUGCCAACUUCUACGUAGACUACGCGACCAUGCGUGACCUCUACGUUUCCUGCAUCAACCCGAGAAGAUUCGUCCGGUUCGCACCUCUGUCCUUCACCAUCUGUGGCGAGGACUACCUGAACUGCACCAUGAAGCUCUGGUACGGCGCCCUGGGCAAGAGGCGAGUGGGACUGACUUCCGUGGAUGUGACGUACGAGCCUGUCACCAACGAGGCGGUCUUUAUCGGUCUGCGUGAGUACAGGCCCUUCAAAGAUUCCAUGUACGGCUGCAACGAGACCGUCUCGGGCAAGACGUGCGUCUGCGAAGACUGUGAGGCGGUCUGCGAGAACACCGACGACGCCAUGAAGCCUGUACCACUCAGCACAUGAGGAAUCGAAGUUGCCGAGGCAAGCAAGCAGAAGAUACUGCUUUUCUCUCUCGCACUAUUCGUUGUGCUGUUUCAUGCCGAGGCGUACGUGGUGUUGAGUGAAGCCGUCUCUGCAUCCCGAAGGUCUUGGUGACUUUGCUCCGAACCGGAGUACUCGAAUCACACUGGUGUCUUGUGUCAUUUGUCCAUAUGUCCUAUCCUCCCCAUCAUUACUCAUUUAUUCCUUUUCUGUAGAUUGAUUCCACUUCUGCGUUCAGUCUACAGAAGACUCAUGGUUCCUGAAAAUGCAUUGAACGUUUUGCCUCACCGCACCCUGCACAGGAAAUGCUGAAACAAUAAAAAUUAAACAUCGAA